UCCUUUGACAGCUGUCACUUUUUUUCAGCAAGGCAGUCAAAGUUUGUUCAGCAGUGAUUUGAUAAAAGAAAAAUUAAUUAAUAAAAUCAAAAAAUCAUGACUGAACUUCUAAUCGAUCCAAAUAUUCGAGUAUGGGUAUUUUUACCCAUAAUUGUGAUAACAUUCCUUGUCGGAAUUAUCCGCCAUUACAUAUCCAUUUUAAUAUCUAGCCAAAAACAAGUCGAAUUGAGUCAAAUUCAAGACAGUCAAGCAAUGAUACGGGCUCGUUUGCUAAGAGAAAAUGGCAAAUACUUGACCGAAUAUUCUUAUGCCAUGCGUAAGAGUUUCUUCAAUCACGAAGAAUAUGGUUAUUUUAAAGCACCCAAGCCAGUGGCAGCAAAUCCAACUAAUCCCACAGCAAUGCUUUCGGAAAUGGUUAAGGGAAAUUUCACAAAUGUCCUGCCAAUGGUCAUUAUUGGUGGUUGGAUUAAUUGGAUGUUCUCUGGCUUCGUUACGACCAAAGUUCCAUUCCCAUUGACUUUGCGUUUUAAACCAAUGUUGCAACGUGGCGUUGAAUUGGCUUCAUUGGAUGCUGCUUGGGUUUCGUCGGCUUCGUGGUAUUUCUUGAAUGUCUUUGGUUUGAGAAGCAUUUAUUCGUUGGUUUUGGGUGAGAAUAAUCAAGCCGAUCAGACACAAUUCACUCAGAAUCAAAUGUCUGGUGCUGCUAUGGCAAUGCCACCAGAUCCAAAGAAUGCUUUCAAGGCGGAGUGGGAAGCCUUGGAGAUUUGUGAAUAUAGAAAUGCUUUGAAGGAUGUUGAAAUGGAUUUGAUGAUUCGCAUUGCGGGAGAACGGCCGAAGGAGUAGAAUAAUAAUUGUAUGAAAGAAUAGAAAUUUAUUUAUUUCAAUUUUUAUUGUAGCAUUUAUUUGUGGCGUUUUCAUUUUUGUGUAGUUUUGAUGGAAAAUGAAAUAAAUGACAAAACACACAGAA